AUAUCGUGAAAAUACUAAAUCUAAGGUCGGGGCUUUUCGAAAUUACAAAGACGCAAGUUGGGUUUUCAACGAUUGUUAAAAUUAUUAAAAGUAAACAUUUUAUGGAACAGGUGACAAAAAGCUGACCGAAAUUGAAUUUUAUAUUGAGUGGCUUAGAGAAUAUACCCUAAUAUAAUUUAUCUCAAAACUUAUUGGCAGUGCAAAACCAUUUUAACCACCACAAAGCGAUAGUUGUAUUUUAGCCAGUGCUUUAAAGUGCAUGUGCUUUUCCCGAGUUGUCUAACACAGUGAGAAUUCACCAAACGCCGAAACCGAGGUUUGAUUUUUCUUUUCGAAAUGUCCGACGAUGCUAACACCGCUGUGUGGGAUGACUCCCUAUUGGUAAAGACGUACGACGAGUCCGUGGGCCUGGCCCGAGAAGCACUGGCCCUCCGCCUGGCCGAUUCCACCAACAAGCGUGAGGUGGAGAACGCUGCCGUUGACGAAGCUGGAGAGGAUUCGGCCACUGGCGGAGCCACUAGCCCUGAGCCGCUGUCCUUCAAGGUGGGCGACUACGCCCGUGCUACCUAUGUUGAUGGCCUUGACUACGAGGGUGCCUUGGUGUCUAUCAACGAAGGUAAGGGCACCUGCGUCAUCCGCUAUUUGGGCUAUGAGAACGAGCAGGAGGUUCUGCUCCUGGACUUGCUGCCAUCCUGGGGCAAGAGAGUGCGUCGCGAGCAGUUCCUCGUCGCCAAGAAGGAGGAUGGGGAGCAGCCGAACCGCUCCAAGACAUCCGCGGUCGCCGGCACUUCUUGCCACUCCAAGAAGACAUCCGGAAAGGGACGGAUCUCCGGAGGAUUGGUCAUGCCCCCCAUGCCCCCCGUGCCGCCCAUGAUCGCCGGUCAGGGUGACAGCGGCGAGCAAGACUUCGUGGCCAUGCUCACGGCCUGGUACAUGUCCGGAUAUUAUACGGGUCUCUACCAGGGAAAAAAGGAGGCCAAUACCAGCGCCAAGAAAAAAACGCCCAAGAAGUAAUUCAUCUCAUCUCCACAUCUUUCCUUAAGACUUGUAGCCAUUAAGAACGAAACGAUUAAAAACUGUUAUGUUUA